AUGCCCGUACUAGAGUUCGAAUUAAAGCAUGAUUUGCGGCGUCAUCGAGAUGCUGUUCAUACACUGGCUGUAAACCUUGAAUCUCGUACAUUGCUGAGCGCCGGCCAAGAAGGCAUUCUUAUGGUAUGGAACCUCCAGACUGGAGAAAUCGAGCAAGAAAUCGAUCAGUAUUUUCAUGGCCCUAUCUCAUGUGUCACCUGGCUAUUCCAAAAUGACAACGGGCCUAACUCUUUCGCCGCCGGCUUUGCCGAUGGCACAGUCCACGUCUAUGAAAGUAGUUCUGCGAAUGGGCCGUUCCAGUAUGUAUCCAUGGUUCGUGCGCACGACGGCCAGGUGGAAAAUAUGUGCUGGGAUGGUACACACUGUCGCCUCGCGACUGUCGGUGACGGAUCUAUUCAAGUAUGGUGCUGGACUAAUCGUGGGCCCUAUAACCUUCUCGCCAUGAGUUGCGCUACUGAAGUGAGGUCAGGUACCUUGGUCAGCCUCGUCGAGAAACCCCCUCGCAAGUCACUCAUUGCCAGGACGGUUCAUUUCCUCGAUAGAGGCUCCAGCGUUAUGAUAUCUUACCUUGAGUCACACGAAAUUCAUUGCUACGGAAUAGAACCAUGGACUCUAAAGUGGACUAAGGUCCUUCCGACACGCAUUGGUGACACUUGCCUCUCCGACUCUGGCGGUUUCCUGUUCGUCUCCAACCUGACAAAUGGGGUGGAUAAGUACGCACUCCCAACCAUGGAACGAGUUGACAGCUUUCCGCACCCUAUCAUCCGCAAUGCGAUUCUCCAAGUCGCGUUUGCUCCCGCCGCCAAUCUCCUCGUCGUGGGAGGUGAUGACGGUUUCCUCCGAGUGUUCGACCAUAGGACAGGAAAGAUCAUGCAUCACGUUGAGCAUGCCGAAAGUGGUUUCGAAGUUCGCACCAUUACUUGUGUCGAGGACGAGGCAGGUUGCAUUUUAGUCAGCGCCGGAACUGCUCGCAAAAAGCGUUGUGAUGUGAAGAUUUGGACGCUCGACCGUAAACCCGCCAAGGUCUCUGGAACCCACAGUGAUGAUCGGUCUCCGCGCCCCUCUCCGCUCGAGCUUCACAGUUGGAUUGGAGUUCUAGCACGCACGAUGAUACACAUUGUUUUGUCCAUGCUUAUCACUCUGGUCUUGCUGUACUGGGUUUUCUCGUCUUCGAAAGAGCUACAGCCUCACCUACAGGUGUUCGUUGAGCACAUGUAUGGAGGUCCACUGUUUACGAAAACCUUGAGUUAUGAUGAGAUACCCGCUGAGUGGGCCGCUGAGUGGGCCGCUGAUCGGGCCGCUCACUCUGAUCACUGA